UCUGUCUAUUCAUCUAGAGUUAUUGAAUUGAUUCUCAGGGUGGGGAUACGGCUCGUCGGGGUCUCCGAUUGGCGACACUGGUGUGCAAAGUGAGAGUCCAGGUAGUGCCUAUUGAGGCACGAGGAGCUGACAAUAGAAGGAAGAGGGGGCUACUCUGUAUUCACUAGGCUAGAGGUAUUUAUCUAGCAUCUGCUAAGGGGUCGGGCUCCUGGCGGGUGAUGGACUUUAUCUUCUGAGAUCGUCUGCUCUGUUCUCUCAUGAGCUGGUAACAGGCAUUAUGGAGUUCAUAGAUACAGUCAGUGAACUACAAGCUCUGCCCGGCGGGUUGCACCUGCUGUGCCCGCGUCAGGACGACGGUGACCUUUGCCGAUACGAGGAUGCGAACGAGGUGAACGAAACGGGCCGCAAUGUCGGGGAAUUGAUCGAGGAGGCCAAGACGCGCCGGGAGAAGUUCGUCUCGUGCAUGCGGAUCCUGGCGUACAGUGAGGAGGCGGCGGAGAAGGUGCAGCGCUGGCUACGCGAGAAGAUCGACGAGAGCCUGGAACGCUGCGAGCUGUGUAUCAAGCAGUACUACAUGGGCAAGAUCUGGUUGUUGGAGCAGUUGAAGGAGAGCUACGAGGAGGAGGAGACGGACCGGUUUGCCCGCAUGCUGGACGAGUGGGAUAUCCAGCGCAUCACGAGGAACCUCGCCGUGGCGACUGCCACGUUGAGACCCCUGCCCCGCCAGGAGAUCGGACUCCAUGUUCUCGACAGGGCUUCAUUGCUGGCCAUCUUCGAGACCCUGAGCUGUGAAGCCAUGCUCCGUGACGACGAGCUGCUGCGCGCCCAUUUCGAUGAGCCCUUUGAGCUGAUUCAGUCCAAGCGGAGCCUCAAGGUUUCCGAUUACAUCCCCGCCAUCUCCCGCUUCUUGUUCGACCCCGUCCAGCUUCGCAAUUUCUGGGCCUUCAAUGUCUGGUCGCGGUACGCACGCCCCCCGACCACCGAGGAGUUUGACUGGGCAAUCAAGGAAGGCCUGCUUGACGCUCUGCGGGUCGCCUCACAACACCAGCAGCAGCAGCAACCACAACCACAACAAUCACAACAACAACAACAGCCGCCGCCGCAACUGGUGGCUAUCCAGAGACUCUGGCGUGGGAUGACCCUGAUCGUCAAGAGAUUGGAUAAAGAUCAGAUCACGCAUAAUCUGCGAGCGUUGGAGAUCGACCCUGUCCGCUUGUCGGUGGAGCACCUAGCGAUACCCACGCCGGGACUGAAGUACUUGCUCAAUACCAUCCAGCUCCUUCUUGAAAAGGCUCCCGGUGAUUUCUGGGUGGCCAUGCACACCAUCGCGCCUCACCUUAUCCUGGAGCAGGUCUUCAACAAUUACCAAUUCCGCGCCUUCCUCCGGGACACCGCGGAGGAUGAGCCCUAUGAAAAGUCUGCGUUGAAGGAUAUGUUGUCGUGGAUAAAGCCGUUCAUGGCAUCCUUGACGGUUGCCCAGCGGAAUGCUGCCUGUCGGAUCCUGCUCAAGCAUCUGCUGGGUAUUGCCCAAGAUGAACGCUACGCAUAUCUGGUCCGGUAUCACUGCUUUGAUGUUUCCUUGGACACUCUACUACAGUUGCUGCGGCAUUUUACAGACAACGAAUCCUCGAGAGGAUCGGUUGGUCGCAUCACCUUGUCCGAGGCGUUGGAGCUGGUCAGCGAGAAUAUCAUCACCAUUAUCAACCCUCCGCACCUUUACAUCGAGAAGAGCCGGCAGGAAGCCCUCUCGGCGCUUUGUAUGGAUGUGAUUCGUAACACGCUGGCCCUAGAAUGUCAGUCCCUCAAGAGUGAUUACGAAACUAUCCUCAAAGAGGACGAACUACAUCAUGGUGUCAGCACCUACUCGGCUAAGAUUUGGGACGCGGUCGUCUUGCACUUGCACGAGGACAACCUGCCACUCUCCACAGCUGCCCUCCUCGGCAUCCUGCCCCUCGUGGGUCUCGAGAGGUUCGCUCGGGAUUCGACCAAAGAAGAGGCCAAUUUCAACGACAUUUAUGAUCACCUGACACACCUCUCCUGCCAGAUCAUCGAGCGCCUGGCCGACUUCAAGCCAGAGCACCUGAACGACUUGUUCAAGAGCCAGGACACAUGCAGUGCUCUGGUCUCCGCCCUGUUUUCCGCCGAUCCCAACACCUACCAAGCGGCCGUCGAUCUCAUCAAGAACAUGAGCGGUCAGUCGGCUCGCAGAGACGCCAUCUCGCAUCUGCUGCAGACGUUCUUCAGCACCACCAUGUACGGGCUGACCUGGUCCUUCCGCCGCAUAUCCAAUAUGAAGACAUUUGCAUCCGCCCCGCGAAUGAUCUACACCGGCACAGACAUCGUGGAUAUCCUGUGCAAUAGCCAGACUGGUCUGCUGCGAACCCGUAAGCUGAUCAAUCGCCGGGAAAUCCUGUCGCUGCAGAAACUCUGGGAGUAUCUCUGGCAGGCUGUGACGACAAUCUUCGACGAGACCGAAUCCUGGCAUCGACGAGGCAACCACAAAAACACCAUGCUGGAGUUCUGUCGAGACACUAUCCAGUUCGCCGAACUCCUGUUCAGCCAAUUCGAGAUCCUCAUCAGUGCCGUCAUCGACGCGGACCCGAAUCAAUCCCAGACGGCCCGAGAGGUCUUCCUCAAAUUCCCGACCUCGGCCCUGAAUGGAAUGGUCAAAUGGCUCCGCCUCAAGGAUGAAUACCUGGCGACCACCCUCACAAGCGUGCUCUGCAGCAUCCUUGCUCGUCUCGGCGAACUCAAGGUGACGACGGUCAACAAAGGUGCCCUAGAAUACAUUGAGGGGGUCGCUUACAGGGGCACCGUCCGGACCAUCAUUCUCGAUACCGACAAGGCAAAGCUCGUCAAGUCCCUGGAAACCUACUAUGGACGACCCAUUGUCACUGCCGUCACGGCUUCAUCCAAGAAGCAGAGCCAUAUCACGGAUUUCGCCAAGGCGGCGGAUGCCUCCUCAACGUCGGGCGUAUCCAGACUCCCCAGCGAGGAGUUUGAAGACUCAGAAGCCUUUGACGAUGUCAUCAUCGGUCUCUCGAGCGCUGUAGAAUUGAACAAGAAACGACGUGCAGCCGAGGCCAAGGAGCGAGCGGAGAGGGCCGCCCGAGCUGCUCCUGGUGGUAUCUCUCGCCCCGCUACCCCUGUGCUUGUGAAGCCAAAGGCGAGCGUUUUGUCCUUCCGCGAAAAGCGUGAAAGGGAGAAGGAGGAAAAACGGAAGCGUGACCUGGCCAUGGUGGCCAACAUGAAGAAGGGUCUUGCUGGUGUUGCGGAGCAAACCGCUGAACAAGGGUCCGGGUUAAGAGGCAUUGGUAUCCGGGGCAAAGACCACACGCCUGUUCAGGAGAGUAUGAUGGUCUCCUCCGAAUCGGAGAAUGAAUCAGACUCGGAGGAUGAAAUUGAGCAACUGGUGCGAGGUAAAGGACGGACCCAGCCCGAUGCCGUCAAGGAGUACGAAGAGAGCAAGAAGCGCUCUCUCAAGCAGCAAGGCCCCGUGAAGAAGACCAAGCAGAUCCGCUCUGCGAAUGACAUGCGGGCUCGACUGGCGCCGGACCUCUCCUCCCUACACCGCACCCUGCUCGGCUGGGAUUUCUUUGCAAACGGUGAUCUCCCACCACACUCCGGGCGCACCGACUACAGUCUGGUAUCGAAUACAUUUGGCACCGUCCAAGAGUACCAGAGGACUUUCGAGCCCCUUUUGAUUCUUGAAGCAUGGCAGGGCUUCCAGGCUUCCAAGGAGGAAGGAACCUUCAAGCCGUUCGAAAUCAAGGUGGCCACUCGUCUCACCCUGGACUCGUUCGUCGAAGUCAAUGUCACCAUGCCCUUGCCUGACGUCAAGGACUUGGGCCUGGGAGAAGCCGACAUUGUGCUCCUGUCCAAAUCGCGGACCCCCGCCACCGACUCUGCAGCGCCGCACUGUCUGGCUCGGGUCUCUUCCAUCAACCGUAAGAAGGGAUCCGUUGAGCUCUCCUUUCAGGUCAACCCGGGCAACUCCCUCAUGAGCUCGUUUGCCCCCAACGUCACUAUCUGGGGUGUGAAGAUCACCUCACUGACUCCGUUGGAGCGCGAGUAUGGAGCGCUUAUGGGUCUCAAAUUCUACGAUCUUUGCACGGAGAUCACCGAGGCCAAGCCGUCUCCCAUCCUCCGCUACGCCGAUGCAACCCUGAAACCGCUUGCUGAUAACUACAGCGUGAAUCCCGCCCAGGCCAAGGCCAUCAAAUCCGCUCUGGAUAACGACGGUUUCACUCUGAUCCAGGGUCCGCCCGGUUCGGGAAAAACCAAAACAAUCGUGGCCCUUGUAGGAGGUCUAUUAAGCGGCUCCCUGGUCGACCAGGGUGUCGCCAUUGCUCGACCUACCACCACCACUACCACCACUACCACCGUAGUAGGCCACCAUCGGCCCGCUGGAAAGCCUGCCACCAACAAGAAGCUUCUUGUCUGCGCACCUAGUAAUGCAGCGGUGGAUGAGCUGGUGAUGAGACUGAAGGAGGGUGUAAAAACCCUGAGCGGGCGACACGAGAAGCUGUCUGUCCUCCGCCUGGGUCGUAGCGAUGCCAUCAACGCCAACGUGCUCGACGUGACGCUGGAUGAGCUGGUCAAUAGUCGACUCAACCAGAACGGCCGCAAAGGUCCGCAAGAACGAGACCUGCAAAAGAUCUACAUGGAACACAAAGCGGCCGAUACCGCAUUCAAGGAGACUCGCGCCCGAUUAGAUGAAUGUCGCGCCAAGGGCUUGCCUGUCCCCGAAGAAUUGGCCCGCGAGUUUGACCUGACAAAGAAGAAACGUACCCAGCUGAGUCUGGAGGUCGACAACGCGCGGGACAAGAACCACACGGCGGCUCGCGAUGCGGAAUUGACGCGCCGUCGCAUCCAGCAGGAGAUCAUUGACGGGGCGCACGUCAUCUGUGCCACCCUCAGCGGCAGUGGCCACGAGAUGUUCCAGAGUCUAAACACCGUGUUCGAGACGGUCAUCAUCGAUGAAGCGGCACAGUCGAUUGAACUGGGCGCACUGAUCCCGUUGAAGUACGGGUGUACCAAGUGCAUUCUGGUCGGUGAUCCGAAGCAGCUGCCUCCUACGGUCUUGUCCAAGGUCGCAUCCAGGUUUCAAUACGAGCAGAGUCUGUUCGUCCGUAUGCAGGCCAACCACCCGAAUGACGUGCAUCUCCUCGACACACAGUAUCGAAUGCACCCGGAGAUCAGCCGCUUCCCCAGUGCGGCGUUCUACGAUGGCCGCCUGCAGGACGGGCCCCAGAUGGCGCAGCUACGUACGCGGCCGUGGCAUCAGAGCGAGCUGCUGAGCCCUUACCGGUUCUUCGACGUGCAGGGCUUGCACCAGAACGCGGCCAAGGGCCACUCGCUGGUCAACCUGGCCGAGCUGCGGGUCGCCAUGCAGCUGUAUGAGCGCCUCACGACGGACUUCCGGGGAAUCAACUUUGCGGGCAAGAUCGGUAUCAUCACCCCGUACAAGGGCCAGCUGCGGGAACUGAAAUCGCGCUUCGCAGCCAAGUAUGGAAACUCCAUCCUCACCACGGUCGAUUUCAACACGACCGACGCCUUCCAGGGUCGCGAAAGCGAGGUCAUCAUCUUCUCGUGUGUGCGCGCCUCGAACAAGGGCAUCGGUUUUCUGGCUGACAUCCGUCGUAUGAACGUCGGUCUGACCCGUGCUAAAUCCUCGCUAUGGGUCCUGGGUAACUCGCAGUCGUUGGUGCAGGGCGAAUUCUGGAACGGCCUCAUCACAGACGCUCGGGCCCGGAACGUGUACACGGAUGGCGAUGUUCUCCAGAUCCUGCAACGGCCUCAGUUCACUGGCUACAAGAAUGUGGAGAUGGCAGGCACAGACCUUUCCGCCGCUGAACAGGAACCGUCGCCCUCUGUGUCUGUGUCGGUCUCGGCCUCGGCUUCGGCUAGAAACACCCCUCCUACCGCCCCCUUGCCGGAUGGACCCUCCGGGGGAGCCCACGGCCUCGAUGAAACUCGCAUGUGUGGGAUCUGUGGCAGCGCAGCCCACAUGACACAUCGCUGCGACAACGUGGAGGCCAAAGAAGCUGCGCGCGGGACUUGUCAUCGGUGCGGGACUGUCGGGCAUAGCCGGUUCAACUGUACCAAGGAGCGCUGCCUCGAGUGCGGCCAAUUCGGGCACUCCCCGCACGAAUGCCAGUUCACGCGUCCUCUCUCCAAGCGCGAGAAGGGGAUGAUCAGUAAGGAGGAGUAUCGACACGCCCAGCUUCAGAAGCAAAGGGUUGAACGCCAACGGGAAAGACAACUGGGCGGCCACGACCCCAAGGUACCUGUGCUACAGGUGACGACCGGCGACGACAAGUCUCAUGUCAGUACCACCACCACCACCACCACCACAGCUCCUCCCAAACGGAAACGCAGCGAUUCUCCCACUCAGGAGGGUGCGGCUGCUGCUCCUUCGCGCAAUUCCAAACAUCCCAAGCCCGGGAACCAGCCGCCCAAGGGCCCGCGGUACAACAAACUCGAUGCGAAGCCGCCCCCGACGGCCGGCGACCUGGUGAAGCCGUCGCGCGAUGGACCAGCGUAUGCUCCUCUGGCUUCGCCCGCCAACCAGCCGCCCACUGGUCCGCGGGCGCCGUCAGCAAAUGGACCACCUCGACCGGGCUCGCGACCAGGCAAUGGGAUGCAGCCUCGCCCCCCUCCCCCAUUCCGCAAGAAGAAGGAGACUGACCCGUUCAUCCGGCCCAAGAGGCGAUAAAACGAUGCAUCUACAUUUUAUUUUCUUUGUCUUAUCAGUCAUAUCAGUCAGCAUUAGCAUCAACAGGCGUUGAAGAGUUUCUUUUUUCUUUUUUCUUUUUUCUUUUUUUCUUUUCUUUACAUCUGCCCCUGUUAUUUGUAUGAGCUAGACGAC